AUGGGAAAUCUGUGCUCGAAAUCAGCCAACAAACCUGACAACUUUUCCACUCCUGGCCGUACGGUUGGAGCGAGCACGCAACCGAAACAAACUACAGCUCCCGUCCCGCAGAAAAUCACAAGCAGCACUCCUGGUCGACCUCUUGGUGGUGGAGAUGGAGCCUCGAGCGCCGAUGAUGCCAGAAGUGCUGCUGCUAGAGCAGCAGAGGAGCGCGCCGCGAGGGCCAGCAAGACGGGUGGGAAACUUUCCACCCAAUUGUCAGCGCAGAAAAAGCAGACCCAGAACCAACUGCUGAACUCGGGCUCCGAGGCUGAGCGUAGAGCGCGAGACGCCGACCAGGGCGCAGAAGCUCGAAAUUGGAACUAG